GGCCGGGAAACUGUGUCAGCGAUCGCCGGUGAAUUGCUCGGUAAAGUGAGUAUCGUGGACUUCGCCGGGGCAGUAGCCAGAUCUGGUUUUUCAGAGAGUUGUGGGGUUCCUAUGACUGUUAAUUUUGAUUUUUGUGUUGAAUUUUGAAAUGAAUUUGGGGAGAAAAUAGCAAUUUAGGGUUUUCGGUUUUGGGGUUGGGGUACAUAGCCGACGGGAUGAGAUCUGGGGCGCAUUCAGGGAUUGUGGUGAAGAAUAGGAACUCGUCGGGUUGUUUGAUUGUGAAAAAGAAGGGUGAUGAGUCGGGUGGUGUCAGGUCUUCUGGGACCGGAAAAGUUUACGGAUCUAAGAAAGAGAAGAAGAGGCCAAGAAAGGUUGCGAGUGACUCAGGGUCUAGUGAUGAGUUCUCAAUGCCACCUCGUAGAAGGGUUGGGUCUGAAACCAUUCAAGUGUGUAAUAGUUUAGCUGUUUAUGGGAAGGGUAUUGUAGAUGAAAUUGAAACGGGUAGAAAGAGGACUAGGAAGGAACACAUUAGGCGUAAUAAGGGCGGUUUCAUUGGUCGGAGCGAUUCAGGGUCUAGUGAUGAGCUCUUGAUGCCACCUCGUGGAAGGGUUGGGAGUGAAACGGGUAGAAAGAGGACUAGGAAGGAGCACAUUAGGCAAAAUGAGGAUGGUUUCAUUGGUCGGAAUGGUGUGGACUGUAGUGAGAGCAAGAGGAAUAGGUUAGAUGUGUUUGAGUUCGACGAGUAUGAUGGAGUUGAUGAGGCAGUGUUUAUUAGGAAAAAGAACUGUGAUUAUAGUGGAGAUGAAGCUGGGAACAAGAUGCUUUUCGGUUCAAGGCCCACAGGAAGGAGUAGUAUACAGAGGGACUAUGAAAGUGGCUCAAGCAGACACAUUUUUCAUGAGAACAAGAAAAAGUCGUUCUUUGACAAGAGCAAUAGCUUGACUCAUGUUGGUCGAGAUGAUAGGAGCAGGUUUGGGAUGGACAUGGAUGACAAUCGGCUUCCUCCAUCUUCCUUGCGGGAGAGGUUAAUGUCUGAUUCAGAUGAGCCCAUUAGGGUUCAGGGAAAAAAUGGUGUUCUCAAGGUGAUGGUAAACAAGAAAAAGAAGGUGGGUGAGCCUGUUAAAAAUUUUGAUCACUUGGAACCUGAGGAAGCUGGACGAGGUUUAAAGAUUGGGAGGAAACUGCAGGUUCACCCUUCCUUUUUCUUGGAGAAAGAAGUUCUUGAAAAGCCUGGUUCAAGGACCAUGAAAAAACAGAUGAAAGCACUAAAAUUGCCACCAACUAAGAAGAGUAAGGGCUCCGAUUUGGAUUCAGAGUCAGAGGACAGUGAUUCAUCUCUGAAGCUCACACCAAACAAUAUGGAAGCUUCUAAUUCUACAAAGAGGGUCAGUUCCAAAGAGGAAAAAGCACAGGUUGAACAGCUUCUUCGGGCUAGAAUCAAAGAAGGGAAAGGUAGGCGUGGUUGUGGCACAGAAAAGCAGCAAUUGCGGGAGCGGAUAAGAGGGAUGCUUUUGGAUGCAGGCUGGACAAUUGACUAUAGACCAAGAAGGAAUAGGGAUUACCAAGAUGCAGUGUAUGUUAAUCCCACUGGAACGGCUUACUGGUCUAUCAUAAAGGCUUAUGAUGCUCUUCAAAAGCAGUUAAAUGAUGAGGAAGAUGAGGGCAAAUAUGGGGAUGCUUCUGUGUUUACCCCACUACCAGAUGAAGUACUUGGCCAGUUAACAAGAAAAACAAAAAAGAAAAAGGAAAGAGAGAUGAAACGGAAGCAAAGGGAUGGCACUAGUGCUGAAAAUUCAAAACAAGCUGCUUCCAGAAGAUCUUCAAGUAUGAGAAAUGAAGAGGAUAGUUCAGACAGCCUGAGCCAUGAAGAGAAACUAAGUUCCUUCCUAAAACAGGGUAAAUCAUUUAAGAAUAGAACAAAUGAAAAUGGUGCCUCCAGUGCAAGUUCAAAAAGUCAAAAUUCAAUUCUCCAUCUGCAUGACAGCACCGAAAGGCCACCCACCACAUCUAAUCCUCGUCUUGUUCAAGGAAGAAAAAGUAGAAAGUUUAGUAGGUGUACUUUGUUAGUUCGGAGUUCCAAUCAGGAGCAAAGUGCAGAGAAUGAUGGAUUUGUUCCAUAUUCUGGGAAGAGGACUGUGCUUUCCUGGUUGAUUGAGUCUGGAACUGUGGAAUCAAGCCAAAAGGUGAAGUAUAUGAACCGCCGCUGUACAAGAGUGAUGCUGCAGGGCUGGAUAACUAGGGAUGGUAUUCACUGUGGUUGCUGUAGUAAGAUCCUUACUGUUUCAAAGUUUGAGAUUCAUGCUGGAAGCAAAUUGCGUCAGCCAUUUCAAAACAUAUAUUUGGAGUCUGGAAGUUCUCUUCUGCAAUGCCAAAUGGAUGCGUGGGAUAGACAAGAGGGGUCUGAGCGGAUUGCUUUCCACUCUGUAGAUACUGAUGGUGAUGAUCCAAAUGAUGAUACUUGUGGCAUCUGUGGAGAUGGUGGGGAUUUGAUAUGCUGUGAUGGCUGCCCAUCAACCUUCCAUCAGAGUUGCCUGAAUAUAGAGUUUCUUCCACCUGGUGACUGGCACUGCCCAAAUUGUACGUGCAAAUUUUGUGGUUUAGGAAGCAAUAUUUCUGAAGGAGAUGAUGCAACAGACCAUAAGUUGCUGCCUUGCAACAUGUGUGAGAAAAAAUAUCACAAGUCAUGUACAAAGGAAACAGAUGCUCUACCUGUUGAUUCCAAUAGUUUGAUUCUUUCUUUUUGUGGGAACAACUGCAGAGAGCUCUUUGAGCAUUUACAGAAGUAUCUUGGGGUCAAACAUGAACUAGAAGCAGGGUUUUCAUGGUCUCUUAUUCAUAGAACAAAUGGAGAUCCAGACGCAUCUCUCCAAGGACUUCCUCAAAGGGUAGAAUGCAAUUCUAAACUAGCUGUUGCAUUGACUGUUAUGGAUGAAUGCUUUUUGCCAAUCAUUGAUCGGAGGAGCGGGAUCAACUUAAUUCAUAAUGUCCUUUAUAAUUCAGGAUCAAACUUUAAUCGGUUGAACUAUUGUGGCUUCUAUACUGCUAUUCUGGAGAGAGGUGAUGAAAUAGUUUCUGCAGCAUCUAUCAGGUUCCAUGGUACUCAAUUAGCUGAGAUGCCAUUUAUUGGGACCCGCCACAUUUAUAGGCGUCAGGGGAUGGCCCGUCGGCUUUUCUGCGCUAUUGAAUCAGCUCUUCGCUCGCUCAAGGUUGAGAAACUAGUUAUCCCUGCAAUUGCUGAACUUACCCAUACAUGGACUACUAUUUUUGGUUUCACUCCUGUUGAGGAAUCAAUAAAGCAAGAAAUGAGGUCCUUGAAUAUGUUGGUGUUCCCUGGUAUCGAUAUGUUGCAGAAGCUAUUCUUGGAGCAGGAAAAAACAGAAGGGACCAUGUCUCCAAUAACAGGUGCAGAGCCAGCAGAAAUCAAGUGUCAAAUCACACCUAAGGUGGCAGAUAAAUCUGAAAAUGAUUCCUCUGUCAGGCAUGAUUCUCCUCAACAUACUGAUAGUGGUCUGCAACAGACCAACAUGAUAAGCAGUGAAGUUGCUGUUGCAGAUUCAGAUUCCCAAUUUCCAAAUGUACCUAGAAAUGAUGCUUCUAGAAUCACUGACUCCUUAGACUCUUUUUCUCUGGAACCAAACUGUACUGUCUCUGGUGAGGAAACUGGAUGUGCUAAUUCUCCAGAAGGGGACAAGAAGGAUGAAUCUUCUCCAGACCAAAAUUAUAAUUCUAUCCCUGACACAAGCCCUAGCACAUUAGAGAUGGAUAGUAAAACAGUGUGGGGUUCUUCUGCUGAAAACAAUACUCAGUCUUGUAUUGAGGGUCAUAUAGAUGAUAAACCUGGAUUAGAAUCUCCUGUUGAAGGCGGUGCUCUCUCCUCAAAAGAAGGUGAUAUGGUUGCUAACUUUGGAGUAGGUAUCAAAGUUGCUGCUUCUUCUGAUGAAUUCAAAAUCAAAGUUGCAGUUGAUGAGAAAAGCAGUGCUUAUUCAGAAGAAAAUCAGGCUCCACCUUGUGAGGAAUGUGAUGUGAAUGAUGCUCAUGCAGUUCGUGAAGAUUUAGCUGCUUUCAGUGAAAACGACAUUCCAGUCUCAGUUGAGGGAACAACACGUGCUCAGUCUUGCAAAGAAAGUGAUAUGAGUGAUGCUCAUGCAGUUGAUGAAGAUGUGAAUAAUGAUCUUGCAAUUCAUGCUCGGUCUUGUAAAGAAAGUGCAGAGAAUGAUGCUCACACAGCUCAUGACAUUGUAGCUGCUUCUAAUGAAAUUGAAAUUCCAGUCUCAGUUGAGGGUACCAUGCUUGCUGAUGCUGUGGCUGGAGACAAAUUAGAUGGAUUCACUUCUGACAGGAAAUCUCCUGUUAGUUCUUAUGCAAGUUAUGAUAAAGUUGAGAUGGAAAAUAAACCAGUAUCAGACUCUCCCAUUGCCCAUUGUUCUCCCUCUUGUGAAGAAGAUCAUUCUUUGACAGAAACUUUUCCGGAAAGCAAGGUUGAGGAGAACAAUGAAAUUCCAGAUAUGCUUAUCUCCAAUGGUCCUGAUGUGAGUUCUAUUCAUGUUGACUCCUCAAAUAAUCAACUUAAUUGUUAGGGUGGAAAUGAAUUAUCUGCUGCUUCAGAACCAACUACUGAAGCAGAAAAUUAUAAAGGUAGCAUUCUGUUUUGAUCUUGUGGUAUUUACGGAACUGAUGUCCAUAGAGUAAAGGCUGCUUCCAUUUAAGCUGAGUCUUCUGCACCCCAGUUCACUUCUGAACAUGAUUGCCUAUGAAACCAGAUACUGAUGUUCACCUCACUGACUUAAGCAGCAUUAAAGCCCUACCUUCUUCCUCCCAAUCAGCUCAAUUUUUUCUUUCUGUGCAAGUUAUGGUGCCAUCCCUUGAUGAAGCUGGAAGACCUUAAGAUUUGCAUAUGGGUAUGUUUAAACUUGCCAAGAAUGUUGAUUAAUGUUCUCAUGCUUCUCACAGCUGUAUAUAUCUGAACUUGUUGAGUUCGACAAUUCGGAUUUUGUCACCAUUUCUUUCUUGUGUUAUUUUUCUAAGCAGCAAUUUGCCGAUUAUCUGUCUCAGUUCCUUAAAUGGCAUAGGUGAUGGCAGAUUGAGUUUUGAGUUAGCAAUUGGUUGUAAUCAUAAGCACUCUUGUACCUGCAAUUUGUUUAUAGUAUCCACCACCAACAUACUGUUCUUUGCAAUAACUUUAAUAGGAAAGAAAUGUGUUGUGACUUG